AUGGGAGACCUGUGGUUGCUCCUGCUCCUGCACCUGACCAUCUUCCAUGGGGUCAAAGGCUGUUUAGAAUGUGACCCCAAAUUCAUAGAGGAUAUUGGGUCCUUGCUGGCAAAUCUGGUACCCCCAGAAGUCCCUGGCCGAACUCAUCUGCUUGAACGGCAGAUUAAGGAGAUGAUCCGUUUAAGCUUCAAGGUCUCCCAUGGGGACAAGAUGCUUCGGGUGUUGGCUGUUCAAAAGGUUGUCAAGUUGAGAACAUGGCUGAAGAAUGAACUUUAUAAAGUGGGCAAUGAAACAUGGAAAGGUGGCUUUAUCCUUCAAGGCAAGCUUCUCGAUGUCCGCCAAAACCUGGAAUCCAAACUGACAGAAAUAUUAAAGAACUUCUCUGAAGUUGCUUGUUCUGAAGAUUGUGUUGUGACUGAAGGUCCUAUCCUGGAUUGUUGGACCUGUCUUCGCCUCACCACCCGGUGCUUCAAAGGAGAGUACUGUGGAGAAGAGGACUCAAGGAAAGCUGAGAAUCGAGAGAUUUCACUAUUUCUGAUAUUGCUAGCAGAAGCUGUAAUAUUGGGAAGUGCUUUGUUACUAUUCCAUUUUUGUGUCUUCCAUCAGAGGAAAAUGAAGGCAAUACGAAGGUCAUUAAAGAAAUAUUUGGAGAGGAAACUUGAAGAAUUAUUGGGGGUGAUAGAUGAAAUGGAGGAGAAAGAAGAUUUUGAAAUCAGAAAAUAA